AUGAGUCAUAACUUUAAUAUGCUCAGUUGGCUCAACCGAUUGUUGCCACAUAAUGAGCCCCGAAAUCUAAAUCCUUUCCUCAGCAGGCGACCUUCAUCGGAACAUGAAGAUGCGACUGGUACAACGGUGCUGGGUGUUUUGAAAGUAGAUCCCUGCAUGGAGGAGAACCACAAGAAGCACCACACGAGAUACUUCAACGCGGCUGCCAAGGAUGCCCUGAUCGUGAGGAGAGGAGAGCCCUUCAGGCUGAGGAUCCAUUUUGACCGAGACUACAGCCCCAGCAACGAUUCGAUCAGCUUCAUCUUCAGCGUGGCGGAUGACACCGAAGCGCAGCCCGGAAUGGGGACCUUUAGUGCCCUAGUUCCCCACGAUGCCAUCGACUACCUGGGGGACCCUCUGGAGUGGGGGGCCGGCAUCGAAUCCAUUGAUGGUGGAACACUCACAGUAUUGAUCAAGCCGCCAGCCAACUGCCCGGUGACACAGUGGCAAAUGGAAAUCGACACGAAACUGUACGGAAGGGGAUCGAGCUACUCCAUGGCCUUGCCCAUCUAUGUUCUGUUCAAUCCCUGGUGUCCGGACGAUCAGGUCUAUCUGGAGGAUAGUGCCCAACGCAAGGAGUACGUAUUGAACGAUACCACUAUCAUUUGGGUUGGCUUCUCCAACAGUAUGCAUCAAGUGCCCUGGAAAGUCGGUCAAUUCGAGCAUGACAUACUGGAGUGCAGCUUGCAUGUCCUGGGCGCUGUGGGUAAAAUUCCGCCAGCCCUGAGAGGUGAUCCCGUGAGGGUGGCCCGAUCUUUGUCCGCACUGGUAAACGUAUUUGAUGAUAACGGCAUACUGUGGGGCAAGUGGUCAGAAACGAACGAUUACUCGGGUGGUGUGGCACCCUUCGAUUGGACUGGCUCAAUGGAGAUCCUUCAGAAAUAUUACAAAAACAAAAAGCCGGUUAAGUAUGCCCAGUGUUGGGUUUUCGGUGGUGUUCUGGCCACAAUUGCCAGAAGUCUGGGAAUACCUACUAGGAUUAUAUCCUGCUUUAACUCAGCUCACGAUAUCAAAGGCUCCUUGACCCUGGAUAUUAUUUAUGACUCAAAUAACAACAAUUUGUCUCCUGAGUCUUCAUGGAACUUUCACGUGUGGAAUGAACUUUGGAUGAAGCGACCAGAUUUGGGAGUUGGUCAGCAUGGACCAUUCGAUGGAUGGCAGGUGGUGGAUAGCACCCCUCAGGAAAGAUCCAUGGGUUUGUAUCAACUAGGACCCGCCCCCGUUUCGGCUGUGAAAAACGGUGAGGUCCAAAUAUCCUACGAGUGUAAUUUUGUCUUCGCUGAGGUGAAUGCGGAUAUGGUCAAAUGGCGCUAUACAGGACCCAAUGUACCGGUAAAGCUAUUAAGUACCGAUACCCAGUAUAUAGGUCAAAAUCUCAGCACCAAGGCUGUUUUGAAAUGGGAAAGAGAAGACGUAACCGCAAACUACAAAUUUGCAGAACGUUCGAAGGAAGAAAGGAGCACUAUGUUCAAGGCGCUCAAAAAAUCGAACAAUGCCUAUAGCAAAUUAUACCUGAAUGACACAUUCAAAGAUAUAGAGUUCGAUAUGGAAGUGAAUCACGAUAUCAAGAUCGGAGAAGACUUUAGUGUGGUGCUGAAGAUGACCAAUAAAAGCGAAAGUACCGCACACGUGGCUGCGGGAGAAAUUAGUUGCGACACCAUUCUCUACAACGGAAAGGGUGCGCUGGAGGUCAAGGCCCAGGACUUCGAACUGGAACUGCAACCCCAGAGCACUGGAUAUGUACACUUGAAUGUCGUUUUCAAGGACUACUUCGAGAAGCUGCGCCCGCACGCCGCCUUCCAGAUAACCGCAACAGCCAAGAUUAAGGACACCAAAUACGAGCACUAUGCCAACGAAAAUUUCAUGCUGCGCAAGCCGGAUAUUAAGUUCAAGUUCGGCGACUCUGAAAUCGUGGUGGACAAGGAGAUAGACGUGAUUGUGCGCCUGGAGAAUCCUCUGCCAAUUCCCCUGCAAAAGGGUAUAUUCACAGUGGAGGGACCAGGCAUCAAGAAGCCUCUAAAACUUAAGGUUAUUGAGGUUCCAGUGGGAGGAACUGCGGCUGGCACCUUUAAAUACACUCCGCCCUAUGCGGGGCGUGGCACACUGCUGGCCAAGUUCACCUCCAAGGAACUGGAUGAUGUAAGUGGCUAUAAGCAUUAUGAAGUUGAGCCCCAAUCGUAG